GUGAGGUCGUGGGGUUACUUGAAUGGUUCCAGAGUAUGGGGACUACUAGUAUCGAUGUUUUCGUUAUGCGCAAAGUCCUGGCUUUUCAGUCAGAUUUUCAGUUGAUUUUAAUCAUAUUGUCAAGUUCAAAGUAAAAGCGAAAGUCCGUAUGUCGGUGGAUCCAGUUGACACCAUAAACAUAUAUCACGGGAAGCACGCAAAAAAUCAUGUGUUGCUACCUUACAUCAGGAAAAAAACAACAGUUAUUUGAUAAGUUUAUAGACUUUCUACUAUGUUUGAUAGCUGGCCACAAUGAUGCGGAGUGUUGAAAUGUAAUAUCUAAACUGUUAAUCAUAGUAAUCACAAAUGGAUCAUGUAGUGAGACAUCAAUUUAUGGAUGACGUCUGAGUGACGUCGAAGGGAUUUAGGAAAAGCUCACUACUUCAUUAUGGCUCAAAAGGAAUUGUAAAUUAGUUCGAGGACCUAGAAUUUAGUGCAAUUUUAAAGUAAGGGUUUAGAUCCUGGUUAGUGCUCUCAUCUCGAAAUAAUACAAAAAAUAUGCCAAAAUGCUGUAGAGCUAUUUGAAUGAAUGGACGUUGCGCCAAAACGUGAGGGUCGUUGUUGCAAACCUGAUUAAUUCGUUCAUAAAUUUUUGUCUUGCCCUGAACUGUGGCUUUUUGUCCUCAAGUACCGUCUGAGUCAUUCAGUGCCGCACCAACCUAAGGUUCUAUGUUUUUUCUUCAGUAACAAUAAUACAUUUCUUCCAUAGAUUGAGAACCAUAUCAGUCAAAAAUAUCUUGUAAUUUUAUGAAGAUUGCGCAUAAACAUGGGAGGAAUAUCCACCAAAAUAGCGUUUGAAGUGUGUGUGGUAACAGGGGACUACAGUGGCGAUGAAUUAGGUCCUGGAGUUAACAUGGUCAUGUUUGAUCACUGUGGUAAUCAGUCACCAACAAUUACUUUGGAUAAUAUAUUUCAAAAUGAUAUUGACUAUACACAAGCAAAAUUCACCAUUGAUUUACAGGCCUGGAGUCGACUUAAAGUGUUUAAACGACUACACCAUAUCGAAUUUUGGUGUACUACUCAGUCUUAUCCACCACCUGCUUGGUUUUUAGAUAGAGUGAUUAUUAGGGAUAGAAGAUUUGGGAUGACUGCUGAAUGGAAAUAUUUUUUCUUUCCUGUACAUCAGUGGAUUAGUCAAGACCACCAAUAUGUUGUUCAUGACUGUGAGGCCUGGAUUCCUCAAUUGGAACCCUUUCCAGAGUUAAGAGAAGAGGAAGUUAGUAGACGUAUGCAAUUUUUUACUUUAUUCCAACGCUCAAAGGGUUUGCCAGUCGAAUUACAAGAAAUCCCACCUUCGGAGUUGUUCUCAUCAGACUCUCGAUGGGAUAUUGAGCCUUUAGUUCUGGAAGUUAUUGAACGUACUGGUCUGGCUGAAGAAUACACAAGUGAAGAGUCUUGGGAUUCUCUCGACACACUGGGAAACUUCUAUAAGAAAUAUAAUAUUACUGAACCUGUGAGUUUACAAUUUUGGAUGAUGAAUGAUAUUUGCUUUGGUGCACAACGUAUUCGUGGAUGUAAUCCAUUCACUAUUCAAGUCUGUCGUACAUUACCAAAAAGUUUUGAAAUGGUAGCAAAUUCACUGAAACCUCAUUUAGAAGGUUGGACACUACGUCAAAUGGUAUCAGCUAAUCGUUUGUACUUACUUGAUUUUCAUAUAAUGCAAGGACUUAGUUGUAAACGUGGUCGAGAAUUAUGUGCACCAUUAGCUAUCUUUUUUUAUACUGAAAAGAGACAAUUAAAGCCAAUUGCGAUUCAAUUGAAUCGUAAUUCGAAUGAUGGAAGUGGGAUCAUUCUUCCAACUGAUCCAACUUCAAUAUGGUUACAAGCAAAAUUAUGGGUUAAUCUUGCUGAUGCCUGUCAUCAUAUGAUUGUUGGUCGAUUGUUAACUCAUUUAAUAUUGGAAUCAAUUUAUGUGUCAUUACGACGUAAUGUAUCACAAUCACAUCCAAUAUAUCAUUUGGUUGCACCACAUUUCCGCAGUAUCCUACCUGUAACAAAGAAAUUAAAAGAGUGGACAUUUGAAAAUGGAUGGAUAUCUCGUAAUAUUCAAUUGUCACGUAAAGGAAUUAAACAGUUAUUAAGACGAGCUUUUAAAAAAUGGCGUUUUGAUGUAAAUGCAAAUAUUUAUCGUGAACUAGAGUCAAGAGGAGUAUUUGAUCCAAAUAGUUUAGGUAAUUAUCCAUAUCGUGAAGAUGCUAUACUUGUAUAUCAUGCAUUGGAACAGUUUAUCUCAAGCUACGUUCGUCUAUUUUACCCUGGUGGGACUGAACAAAUCAUACACGAUAAUGAACUACAGUCUUGGCGACAUGAAAUUGCUAGUCCAAUGGAAGAAGGUGGUUUAGGCCUAGUCGGUGUCCCUGGUAGUACGAUAAAACUUCGUACGAAUUCUGGACCAGAAGAUUAUCUACAAGAUAAUGUUACAGAAGAAAUAUUUGGUUUAAAUACGGUUGAAGAAGUGGCCAAAUUUCUAAUGGGAAUUCUUUAUCUUGGUAUUAUUGUUACUGGUUCAGCGCUUCGAUUGCCAAUGUUUGAUGAGUAUGGCUUUCCAGCACAAUAUCCGUUAAGUUUAUUUGGUUCUCCUCCUUUAGAUAGAAAUACAUUUUCCGAUGGUACUUUGAAUGGUGCACAUGGCAGUGUGUUUAGCUUUUCAAAUGUACAAGGUCUUGAUCGUGUAUUGGCUUCACUGCCCAAUCGUCAAAUGACAGUAGAAACUGUUCUCUACACUAGAUUGGCUAGUCGAGUUCAACAAUCUGUUUUAGGUCAAUUUGAAUCGGAUUUCAUAUUUAAAAAGAAAGCAGUUGUUCUAUUAGAUCAAUUUCGUCAUGACUUGGAAGAUGUGGCUAGACAGAUCGAUAUAAAUAACAGUGCUCGUGAUAUGCAUCAUCAGUAUCGAGCUUUAGAUCCUUCACUGAUGCCUAAUUAUCCAGGAAUUUGAUUGAUGAUCAACGAUACAUAUAUAGUUUUUUUUAAAAUAUGUGUACAAAAUAAUUGAAACAUUUUUGUCGAAUGUUAAACAAAUCAGUGCAAAUGAAAUACAUAUCCUUGAUCCCCUCUAUUAUUGUGCAUUCUUUAUCAUGAUUCAUACUAAAUUCUUAUUUAUAAUCACUUACUGUAUUCAUAAUCUGUGGUCACUUCACUAUGAUUUACUCUUAAAAUUGUCUUCCAGUAAUUUUUCUGUUUACUUUAUUUAAUAAUAUUAUUUCUUUUGACGUUCUCUUUUAUUUUAUUUCAUUUGUAUCUAUUUAUUACUUCAUGAAUACAUACCUAGUCGAGUUUUAUUCAUCAUUAAAACUAUCCUUUAUUAUGAUGUAGCGUAGAAUGUCUGUGAUUAAUAUUGAAAAGUAAUUCUAGUGUGUAUAAUCAAAACUAGUUCAUAUAAAAUUCAUAUCAGUCAAUUACUUAAUAUUCUUUUACAAAGAAAAGUAUUAUUUUUUAUCAUUUACACUUUUAUGUUUAAUGUUGCUUAUACAUAAGUCUAAUGUAGACUAUAUUGUACCUCCUUUGUCUUAUUCAAUUACAUAACAUAUCAAUAUUAUUUUAUUCUAUUAUUCAUUAUUAUCAAACACAUUGUUGUUAUUUUUAAAUGAACCACUUUCUCACACUUUCCUCUCCAUUUUCAAUUUCGUGGGCUUUUUUUUAUUUAUUACAACGAUUAGUUUAUUGGUAAUAUCCGAUAUCAGUAGUUUUGACAGUUUUAGUUUUGUUGACAUUACCAGUAAAGAGAAUAAUAAUGUCAGAUUGUUUUUUUAAAGUGAUUUUAUAAACGCACUUUAGUAAAUUUUUAUAAAUAAUUAUAAUAUAGAAAUUAUUUGCACUUAAUCCUUCACCUUCUUAUUGUUGCUUUAUUGAAUGUUUGUUACUUUUUUUCCGGCUGAGUGUAUAUAACAAAUAAUAAAUGAUUUAAAAGAAAGUUGAUUGGUUACAGACAAUGCAGUUGUGUUUUGUCUAUUGUUUAUCAUGUUUAGUGAUGAUUAGAUUUUAGACUUCAUAUGCGUUUCAGUUUAUUUCACAUUUUACUAGACAUUGAUAAUCGUUUAAUUAACUAGUUUAUAGGAUCUUUAUAUUCCUCCUGUGGUGUAUAUCUGUCGACAAAAGUAGUAUGUGGUACCAAUCGGUAGUAGAAAACCGGGAAGCAGAAGGCUAUGAAGAUCGACUUGAAGAAAAAAGAAACGGAAAUAAUCGUGACUUGGGAGAAUCAUACAGAAUUUGAAUGAUAAAUGAUGGAUUUAAAUACAUUGGUUGUCCCCAUCUGCAUUCUCGUUCAGUACACUCCUUCUUUGGACAGCAUAGAUUAUCAAGAGUAUUUAUUGUUUUCAAUUCAUGAAAAUGUUUGAAUUACCUACUACUAUUUGAUACCUAAAGCAUGUUUGGAACAACUUUGUAGUGAGAUAGGUUUUAGGUAUUCUUAAACUCUGUCUCAGUACUAUGAACUUGAAUGUUUAACAGAUUUGAACCCAAAUCAGUUUGUCUUCUUUCAGUUUCUAUGUUAAGCUUUUUUUUCUUUUUUAAUACUUUUCUCGAAUUUAUUGACGUUUUAUUUUCUUCGUUAGACUACCUUUUAUACGUUCGUUAGUUCUUUUACUAAUAAUAAACAUCAAUAAUCAUCCAUUAUAAUUCAAUUGAAUAAUAUUUACAUUCUUUCUUGAUGGAAAUUUGCUAAUUUUUAACGAUUUUUUUUCAUGUUAAAAUGUAUAAACAUCUAGGUAUGAUGAUUCAGUCAAAUUCA